CACAUGAGCUCCUUUAAUACCCCAGCCAAGCAAAAACAUUUUCUUCCUCUUCUCUUUAUUAGAGUAUUAUUACAGGCUAUAUACGGCAGAAGUAAUGGCUCAUCACAGAAGUUAUUAAGAGGUUUUGGCUGAGCAUCAGACCUUUAGCAUCCUCAGAGAGCAGCUGUAGCCGCAGAAGAAAAUCCUCAUGAAAUCCUGAGGGGUGUAACACAGAUUUAUGGUGUAGCCUCCUCAAUGCAAAGGUGAUUUUUUUUUUUUUUUUUUUAGAACUUGACAUUUGUGAUUUAGCUUUCUAGAAACGAGUUUUAGCAAAGGACAAAAUAUUCAGGCAUGCAGUAAAUACUAGCAUCCUCAUUGUGACUUAUGACUUUUUCUUCGUGUGAGGGCUUAAAUUUAUCAUAUUCUCACUUAUCUCUUUCACCUUCUUCGAUUUUGCACCCAGCAUAAUUCACCUUCAUUUUUUAGCCCUGUCGCAUUUUUCUCUCGUCCAGCUUUGCUCGAGCAUCAUUUUUUAAGCCUAGCAAUGCAUGCAUCCCCCCCUUUAAAAAAGCCGAGUUGAUGGUGGUGAACGGGACACCUCGGGCUGACCCCAGCCCUAACAAAGCCAACUACUAGUCACUGUCUGGGAACCAUUUAUCCCAUUCUUUUAUUAAAGCUCUCUCUGACCGGUCACGUUUUGUUGUCCGUCCUUUGACUCGCCACAAGGCCAAAUAUGGCCCCACCGUCCCUCAAUAUGGGCGAGAUUAAUUUUUCAGCUCCGGCCAUCUGUGUUGGGGGUAAGUCAGUCAGCUAAAAGUCAUAAAUCUACAGUCCGAGCAUUUUCAAUAGGUGUGUGGGAGGGGGUGGGGAGUGUGCAGAUGAAGAGACAAUAGAUAGAUGGAUAGAUAGCUAGAUGGAUAGAUAGAUGGAUGGAUGGAUAGAUCAUUUCAGUAAUUUCUUUUUUAAUCACACUACACAUGGCAGCAGUCUUUAAGAUUCUUAUCGUUAUUUUUCAAAGUCCACAAACAUCUAUUCUUAAUCCAUUUUCCCCACCUGCAAAUCUUCAUUAGUCCUAUAAUGAACAUUUUCCCCCCCCCUUCAAAUUAUCCCAUUACGUCUGACAUAAACAACACCAAGUGCUGUCUCUCAUUGGCUGGCCGCAGGGUCACGUGGCCCGCGCGGCCGUCCGUCUAUUUGACAGCCGCAGGAUGGCUUCAUGCCAGAGGGGGAAAAAGAGACAGAGAGAGGGGAGAGAAAGAAAAAUUAGUAUUCUCCUACCAGCCUCGCUAUAAAUCAAUCAUGGAGUCCUACGUGGUGAGCUGUAAAUAUGCUGAGCCGCAGUUCCCGCCUUGUGAAGAAGAUUACAGUAAUUUUAGUGACCAAGGGGGGUAUUACAACAACCCCCAGGACAGUGGUAGUUAUGGAGGGGGCUAUCAGCCCAUGCAGCCCCCUCCACCUCCAUACACACCACAACAAACGGGCUAUCAACACUCUUCGCAGGGGCAUCACCGGGAGGAUGGAGAGGACCACUCGCAGCACCAAGGUGCGCCCUUCUCCGGCUACAGAGAGACAGACGCUCCAGGCAAGGAGAGAUUCCCCGUGGGUGACCUGCAGUGCCAGGCCUGGAUGACCUGUGCAAAGCCGGUUCAGGUGCAGAGGAAAACGGCCUGCCAGAGCAAAGACAAGCCGCCCAUUGUUGUCUACCCUUGGAUGAAGAAAGUGCAUGUCGCUCAUGUUAAUCCGAACCACGUGGGACCGGAGCCAAAGCGGUUGCGGACGGCUUACACGCGCCAGCAGGUUCUUGAGCUCGAGAAGGAGUUCCACUUCAGCCGCUACCUCACGCGCCGCCGCCGAGUCGAGGUGGCUCACACGCUCUGCCUAUCUGAGCGGCAGGUGAAGGUGUGGUUCCAGAACCGGCGCAUGCGCUGGAAAAAGGACAACAAGCUGCCGAACACAAAAGGACGGAGCAAAAACAAGAAAGCGACGGACAACAACAACAACAGCAGCAGCAGCAGCAGCAGCAGCAGCAGCAGCAGCGACAGCAAUGUGAAGGCGGUGAUAACUGUGUGAGAACGCGGUGGUAGGAGCAGUUUGGCCGUCAGAGGCAGCCACGUUAGCACCUUCACUCUCCAAAACUGAUGUUUCUGAAUUGAUCCAGGAUAACUGCGGUCCUGAAACAUUUCUUCACCGUUUUCAAAUUAUCCAUCGAUAGACCAGCAAAAUUUUUUUAGAAAUACUUUGACGUAUUUUACCUCUUAUUUUAAUUGUUUUUAAAUAUUUCUGUUGUACAGAGGUUGCAUCCAGUUUUAUAUUUAAGUAAUUCACCUGAGUCUUUAGCGUUUUACAUCUAGGGCUGCAAUUCAUGAUUAUUUCAUUAUCGAUUAAUCUGCCGAUGAUUUUCUCAAUUCAUUGGUUAGUUGUUUAGUUGAAAUAUGAAAAAUAUGAACUAUCAGAAAAGCGUUUUAAAAAGUAUCUCAGUUUCUCAGUCCACGAUGACUUUUUCAAAUGUCCUGUCAACGGUCCACACCCCAAAGAUAUCCAUUUUAAUAUGAUAUUAAACAGAGAUAAGGAGCAAUUCUCAAGGCUGCAUAAAAAGUUAUCAUUAUCAAAAUAUCUAAACUAGCCAAUUGUCAACUGUCUCUCUACUAUUUGAUUAAUCGGUGUGUUGCAGCUCUACAUAUAUUUAGGUAAACUACAAGACUCACGAUCUGACAUCUGUGGUGACAUCAGGGACCUGGAAAAAGGCACAAAAGCAUGGUGCCCAUCAUUGGUUGCAGUCUUGCCAAACUCUUCCUAUCUGCCGUGAACGAGGACAGAUUGUGUCUUUUUUUUUGGAGAAAACAGGGUUUUUAUUUCUACAGGGUAAACAUAAUACAGGGUUUUUUAUAAUAGCUACCUAAAAGAUGCAAUAGCCUAACUUAUGAAUAUGCACAUUACCAAAAUGUUGUUUCCACAGACUGGAACUAAAAACAAUUAACAGAAGACCAGAAACACCAAAUUGCUCGGCGGCUGACCUGCAGAAUGGUUGGACAAAUGUUUUAGCUUUUAUUUUGUACAUAGAGGGGCAUCCAAAAACAAUGCAUAUUUAGUAGGAUAAGUAGCCAUAUGCUGAUUUUUGUUUUCUCCGUAAGGUGAAUAAACACCAUUCAUUUAGGGGAGAAGUCAAACAUUUAUACGCACGGGGAACUAAAUAGAGAAUUUACAGCCAAAUUGGAUGUGCAGGUUUUUUAAAUGUAUGAAACUGCCUGUAAAUCCAACAUAUUUUCUCAGGGUUACAGGGUUUUAACGAAAAGAACUUUCUGAAAGGUUUUUGUGUGAUUCAGCACCGAGGGGUUUAAAAUAAUCCUCUCUGUAAUAGCAUAAUGUUGCAUUUUCAAAGAAUAUGUUCUCUCUUUGAUUCCAGUUUAAUAUGCUAUUGAUUUGUAUUUUAGCCUACGCCAGUACUUAUUUUUUUAUUGUAUUAUUUAGAAGCAUAUUUUAUUCUUCGUAGCAAGCAUCAUCUCUGUUCUUUUGUAUGUGUUCAUUUUUUGAAAACAAAAAACAAGUAAAACUUCGUGUAAAAUUUUUUAUAUGUGCAAAUGUUUUGAUAAAAAUUAAAAAUGUU